AUGAAGGUGAGUUGAAAAAGUUGGCUGUGGAUAUUUUCUUAAUUGUAGUCAUAGCAUUGUAUAUUAUCAUGAUGAUCAUAUGUAUGAAAAAGUAUGUCUGUCAAUCAAAUGUCUGAAAUGAACUCCGGUCUGUAAAAAGUAUAGUGAGUAUUUUACUGAGUGUAGAAAAUGUAAACCUAUUCACUAUAUUUCCUGUUUCCCUGAUUUAGAUUCCUUUUGAAGAUUACUUCAAAAGUCUGACUAAAGAGGUGCUCAGAGUGGUUUUCCAGAAAACGACUUUGAUAAAUGGUAGAAGAGAGUUCUAACACCCUCUUCGUGGGAAUGAUCGUGCUGACACUGCUGCCAAUCAAACAUCUUUCCAGCCAGCCAUUUCACCAUGAUUUGUGCACUGUAAUAAAAAAAUCUAGUCGUUUAAACAAAUUAUUAUUAAGUAACUGGUUCCACAGCCUUUUUUAGUUUACUGAACUUUUCGGUCCAAGUGUUACCUGAACAAACAAAAAAAUAGUUGUCCCAAACUUAGCUCCAACUUUAGAAAACUCAGCAAAAAUUCAGUCAAUUUAAAAUGAUGUGUUUGCCUAACUUGUCUCAUAUGUUCAUUCAACUAUACAUUAUUUGUAAAUCUUAACUAAAAAAGGCUGUGCAACUGGUUACACACACAGUGGUUUUAACAUACAUAUCUGAUGCACGUUGACAUACAUCAUUACAUUCUGCAUGUUCAUUUAUACCGUAAUUAUUAUUUAACAUGUCCUCACCUGGGAUUUGAACUCACAACCUCUUGGUUCAUGGCAUGCCAAUCUUCCUGCUACACCAUCAUGUCUGUGUCAAUUAUCAGUUAAUCUGACUUUUUUUCUCAUCAUUGAUUUGACUUAGUUAUUUCAGCAAUUGUAUGUUUUUCUGUAUAGUUGUCUAAUGUUGGUGGGGCAUGUUACUCUGUUUUAAAGUUACUCCUUAAUCACUAUGAUAAAUAAAAUAUUUUUUCUAGAGUGUACUUUUAACAGAGCUGAUAUUUACUUACUGAAGUGCACCAAUACAGGUGUAAUCAGUCAUUGACAUGAUGGCAUAGCAGGAAGAUUGGCAUGCUGUGAACCAAGAGGUUAUGAGUUCAAAUCCCGGGUGAGGACAUGUUGAAUAUGAUUACUGCAUAAAUUAACAUGCACAAUGUAAUCAUGUGUGUCAGAUAUCUAAGUUGUUGUAACUAGUUCCACAGCCUUUUUUAGUUAAGAUACCCAAAUAAUAAUUUCUAGUUGAAUGAACAUAUGAGACAAUUUGAGCAAACACAUCAUCUUGAAUUGAUUAAUUUUUGGCGACGUUUUCUCAAGUUGGAGCUAAGUUUGGGCCAACUAAACAUUUUCUGUUCAGGUAACACUUUGACUAAACAAUUUAGUAAACAAAAAAAAGCUGUGAAACCAGUUACUUAAUAAUAAAUAGUUAAAACAACUACAUUCUUUUUUACAGUGUGUAUGAGUUGAAUGUUCCAUCGAGACCAAUCCCAAAAUCGUAAUUCCAAGGGUCACAUUGCCAGCUAAAAGCAUCCAUAUCUGAAUGUGUCGAUCGGGUAUGGACAGAUAGUUAAAUCCAUCGUCAUUUUCUUUUUUACAGUUUGGUUUUUGUAUCAGACAAACCUAUGGUACCAUAUAAUGGACUCUCCUAAGGCAGAUACGCCAUUGGUUUUGCCUUUUUUGUAUGUUUGUUUAUCUGUAUAUGUAUGUUUGUAUCACCAUAAACCAUGUAUUAAAUAUACUGUGUUGGGCAAAUGCAUAAGGUUGUGUCAUUCACAUAGUAGAGUGGCAUAUUUAGCUCUACCACUGGUUCAUUGGACUGAAAGGUCACAAUCAUUAUAUGAAUGUCGACAUGUGUAUGAAAUGAAUAAAGGUGUGUUCUUAAUUCUUCUUAGUGUGUGUGUGUGUUCCUUAAUGCCUUGCUUUAGGUUCAAAGCCUGUCUCUCCAAAACAAUUUAAUAGGUUUUUAAAGAAAAUGUUUUCCUUUGUCUUAAAUACAACCCUUUUAGAGGUGUAGUGUCUCUUUUUACCCAGUAAGUGACGCUGUUGUAUCAACAUCUUUAAAAUACUUUUUUUUUCAAUGACUGCCAUCAAUUCGUUGCUCACUGCACAUUUACUAGAACAGUUAAUGAGUGCAUAUACUAUAACAUUUAGAGAAAGGUCCUGAAUGAUUUUUACGAGUAAUCAAAUGUGUAGUUUCAGUCUGCAGGUUCUCACCUGUUUUAAGUGACAAUAAGCUAAGUCAUUUUUUGUUUUAGGCCUUAUUAAGGACAAAAACGGAAGGACAAAUGUAAACACAGAUACCACCAAAUAAACUCUGACAAACUGUGUUUGUGUUUGGUUUUACUAUCCUUGUGGGGACCAGAAGUCCUCACAAGGAUAGUAAAACAAGGAAAAUUUGGACAAGUGGGGACAUAUCGCUUGGCCUCAAGAAAAAGGCCUAUUUUCAGUUCAGGGGUUAGGUUUAGGGUUACAAUUAGGGUUAGGGUUGCAAUUAGAGUCGGGAGUUAGGGAUUUGGGGUUAAGGUUAUGGUUAGGUUAAGGGUUAGGUUUAGGGAAAAUCAGAUUUUGAAUGGGAAUCAAUUGGUUGGUCCCCACAAGGAUAGUAAAACAAACGUGUGUUUGUGUGUGUGUGUUUAGGCCCAUGUUCCAUGCCUGUGGCAUGAGGGAAUAGGGGGUGGUGGGUGUGUCGGUGCUGUAUAAAUGCCACAUGCACGUUCCCCAGGUGUCAUAACGGAAUUGAACUAUUUCCAUCUUCCCAAAUCCACAGGUGAGCUGACUAAAAUAACCACUGUUAUGUUGUGUUAAAUAUUAUGUGCCAUUAUCCUCCAUAAAUCUUCUCUGCUGCCAUGUUGUGACAGACUAAAGUACCAAUUAUUUGAAAUUGGGGGGAAUUGUAGGCCUACUGUACUAACAUACACAUCUAUGCCAUUUUAACAGAUAUUUUAGCGGGACAUGGCGCUCCUUACCAACUUAGCCGUCUUGCUGGUUAUUGCCUGCAUAUCUCAGCAGUUUAUGGUGGCUAAAUGUCAAGGAUCCAAAAGAAGUGAGAUGAAGAAAGAAAAAGAGGGACCAAAGGACAGAGAGCAACCAAAGCCCUCCGUCCCGUCUCCAGAGAAGAAAGACAGCAGACCCAGAGGAAAGGGUGUUUUCAAGGGCAAAUUCUCCGCCAAAGACAAGACGCAGUGCACUUGGGUUGCGACAGGUGAUGAUGCCUUUGUGCUUGGCGUGAACUGCAAAAAAGGGGAAACAAGCUUCGACUGCAAAUAUGUGGCCAAACCAGCCACUUGCCCUGGGUACGAGUCCGACGCCAAAGCCUACUGGAAACAGAUUGCGCGCGCUCUAAAGAAACAGAAGAAAUUAUGCUUGGACUCCACCGCUUUAAUUAAAGCAGGUAUGUGCAGAAAAGCUCCCAAGGACGCGCAUUUCAAACUUAACAAUACACCCAGAGAUGUUGUUGUUCCAAUGACUACCAUUCAGACGCGUUCAUCUCCUUCUGCCUCUCCAUCGGGUGCCAAAUCUUGCAAAAUUGAUCAGAAGAGACUGGCGGAAGAAUAUUGCGCGGGUUCGUGGUCGAGUUUGUGUAAUUUCCUUUUCUCCAUGGUCCAGAAUGAUGAUUGUUGA